UGUUUGCUCCGGCUCGGGGUGUGUGGCCGUGCGGCUCGGGCUGUGAGGCGGCGGCUAGGCGCCUCUUCUCUACCAGGGCUGCUUUGAGGAAGCGGCUGUAGCCCCGCUUGAAUUCGCUUUGUUCGUCGUGUCGACGCCGAGCGCGAAUCCGCGACACUGCCGCUGCACCUCCGGCUUUCUGCAGACGCGACUAAAGCUGCCUACUGGAAUGAGCCGCGCGUUCAGGAUGAUAUAGGGACUGUAAUGCGACUUCAGCGUUUGCAGCCACGGCGGAUACUUUUUCGGCAACUUUGUAACAAAAGGCGAACGCUGGCCGCGAUGACGGCGUGCAGACGAUGACUCGCAGAUGGGAGUAGCCGCAGGCUCGCAUACGCCCGCUGUCUCGUCGCACGCCUGGCCGGCCAGCGAGGGAGCGAACCGCGGACACCGAGAGCCGUCAGCCGCCUAAAGCUGCAUGACCGCCCCAUCGCCGCGCUGAUCCCAGUCCGCUCCGGAACCAGCAAAGCCGCUCCAGUCCACCCAGAAGAGAUCCGACUCCCGCGUCGGUCCCCAUGGCGGAGCCCGCAGCGGAAUGCGUCCGGGCGCCCCCUCCGCAGCCGGUUGCAGUGAGGACGGGUGGCGUGCCCGGCGGCGAGACGUGCCUCGAGGGCUCCGUCUCGAACGGGAACUGUGGGUUGCCCAGCACGCUUGGCCCCGGAUCUCCGGGACCCGACAGCCCGGCAGUCAGGGAGGUCAAUACCUCUGCCUCGGGCCCGGACGCCAAAUCGGAAAUACCUCGGCGAAGCAGUAUUAUUAAGGACGGUUCGAGGCAGCGCAGGGAAAGGAAGAAGACUGUCUCCUUCAGCAGCAUGCCCACAGAGAAGAAGAUCAGCAGCGCCAGCGAUUGCAUCAACGCCAUGGUGGAGGGCUCCGAGCUGAAGAAGGUGCGCUCCAACUCUCGAGUCUACCACCGGUACUUCCUCCUGGAGGCUGACAUGCAGUCCCUCAGGUGGGAGCCCUCUAAGAAAGAGUCAGAAAAAGCCAAGAUUGACGUCAAGUCCAUCAAGGAGGUGCGAACAGGAAAGAACACGGACAUCUUCCGAGCCAAUGGCGUUUACGAUCAGAUAUCUGAGGACUGUGCAUUCUCUAUUAUAUACGGGGAGAACUUUGAGUCCCUGGACUUGGUGGCAAACAGUGCGGAUGUGGCGAAUAUCUGGGUUACGGGUCUUAGGUAUAUGAUUUCCUACGGGAAGCACACGCUAGACAUGAUUGAGAGCAGCCAGGACAACCUCCGCUCCUCUUGGCUGUCCGAGAUCUUCUCUGCUGCCGACAUCAGUAACGACAAGGAGAUCAGUCUCAGUUCGGCCACUGACUUGAUCAAACGCAUUAAUCCCGGUGUUAAAAACAUCAAAGUCGAGCUGAAGUUCAAGGAGUUCCACAAAGCCAAAGACAAAAUCAGGAGUGACGUCACUGAGGAGGAGUUCAUCGAAGUCUUUCAUGACCUCUGCACCCGACCUGAGAUUUACUUCCUGUUAGUCCAGUUCUCCAGCAACAAGGAGUUUCUGGACACCAAGGAUUUGAUGAGGUUCCUGGAGGCAGAGCAAGGCAUGGUGCAGGUCAGUGAAGAAACCAGCUUGGAGGUGAUACUGAAGUAUGAGCCUUCGAAGGAAGGUCGUGUGAAUGGUUGGUUGUCCCUAGACGGCUUCACCAAUUACCUCAUGUCACCCGAGUGCCACAUAUUUGAUCCUGAGCACAAGAAGGUAUGUCAGGACAUGACCCAGCCCCUCUCUCACUAUUACAUCAACUCUUCCCACAAUACAUACCUAAUUGAGGACCAGUUUCGUGGCCCCUCUGACAUCACAGGGUACAUCCGUGCUCUCAAGAUGGGCUGCAGGAGCGUGGAGCUGGAUGUCUGGGACGGGCCGGACAACGAGCCAGUGAUUUACACCGGCCACACAAUGACAUCGCAAAUAGUCUUCCGAAGUGUCAUUGACGUCAUCAACCGUUAUGCUUUCGUCGCCUCGGAUUUCCCCCUGAUUCUUUGUUUGGAGAACCACUGUUCAAUAAAGCAACAAAAGGUGAUGGUCCAGCACCUAAAAAAAAUCUUGGGAGAUAAAAUCCACACUGAUCCUCCGAAGGCAGAGGAGAGCUACUUGCCAUCUCCUUCUGACCUGAAAGGAAAGAUUUUGCUGAAGGGUAAGAAAUUGCCAGCGAACUGCACCGGCACUGAAGGGGACGUGGCCGAUGAGGAUGAAGGGGCUGAGAUGUCACAGAGGAUGAACAGCGACGGGGGAGAGCAGCAAAAUGUUUCUCCACCCAAAAGGUUCCAGCUCUUAAAAGAGCUUUCUGACUUGGUGACAUUGUGCAAAUCUGUUGCGUUUAAGGACUUCCAGGCUGCAUUUCAGAGCCAAAAGUACUGGGAGUUUUGUUCUUUCAAUGAGGCCUUCGCCAGCCGCUGCACAAGCGACCACCCUGGUGACUUUGUCAACUAUAACAAGAAGUUUUUAGCCCGAGUGUAUCCAAGCCCCAUGAGAAUCGACUCGAGCAACAUGAACCCUCAGGACUUCUGGAAGUGUGGCUGCCAGGUUGUAGCCAUGAACUUCCAGACUCCGGGCCUCAUGAUGGACCUGAACAUCGGCUGGUUUCGGCAGAAUGGCAACUGUGGUUACGUCUUGCGUCCUGCCAUAAUGAGAGAGGAAGUUUCCUAUUUCAGAGCGAACUCGAAAGACUCUGUCCCCGGUGUGUCGCCUCAGCUUUUCCACAUCAAGAUCAUCAGCGGGCAGAACUUCCCCAAGCCUAAGGGCUCUGGUGCCAAGGGGGACGUUGUUGACCCCUAUGUCUACGUGGAAAUACACGGUAUUCCGGCUGACUGUGCUGAGCAGAAGACGAAAACGGUCAACCAGAACGGCGACAAUCCCAUCUUCGACGAGAGCUUCGAGUUUGAGAUCAACCUUCCGGAACUAGCGAUGGUGCGGUUUGUUGUGUUGGACGACGACUUCAUUGGGGACGAGUUCAUUGGACAGUACACCAUCCCAUUUGAGUGCAUCCAGCCUGGCUUUCGCCAUGUCCCCUUAUAUUCACUCACGGGCGACUUGCUGCCCCACGCCUGGCUGUUUGUCCACGUGGCCAUCACCAACCGCCGGGGUGGGGGCAAGCCACAUAAGCGGGGGCUGUCUGUGCGGAAAGCCAAGCGGAAUCGGGAGUAUGCCACGAUGAGGAUAUUGGUUAUCAAAGCCGUGGAUGAGGUCUUCAAGACUGCCAUGCAGCCGCUGAAAGAGGCUACUGACCUCCGUGAGAACAUGCAGAGCACCAUCGUGCCCUUUAAGGAGCUUUGCGGUCAGCCUGCAGUGGCCAACCUCAUGCAGUGCAUCCUGGCCCUGUCGGCCCACCUAACCGGCGCGGAUGGCAGCCCUCUGCUGGUCUUCAACCUCAGUGACCAGUACCCCACGCUGGAGCCCCAGGGCAUGGUCCCAGACGUGCUGAAGAAGGUGGUCACCACCUACGAAUCGAUGAUCCAGGCAAGCAGAGUUCUCGUGGAGAAUGCUGACAUUGUGUAUGAGAGGAUCCUACACACACAGAGAUCAGCGAUGGAGUUCCACGAGAAUCUACACAACUUGGCCACGAAGGAAGGGCUGAAGGGCAGGAAGCUGAUUAGGGCGGUGGAGAACUUCUCCUGGAACAUCACCAUCCUGAAGGGCCAGGCAGAUCUGCUGAAACACGCCAAGAAUGAGGUCCUAGAGAACCUGAAGCAAAUCCAUCUGACGGCGCUCACCUGUAACCUGUAUACGGGCACGCCCGGGCCCAUGGCCUUGGCCGCGGAGAAGAACAAGCCGCGGUGCAGCCUGGAGGCCAUUCCGGAGAAGGCCCAGGCGGAGGAGGACCUCCAGACCGACGAGGACUGAGGGCCAGGGGCCCCCGAAACACCCCGUUCCACACCUGAACCAUCAGAUUCCCCAUUCUCCCCUCCCCUUCCCCAGUAUCGCGAGGGCAAACUGGGCCAGGGUGGAUGGUGAAAGGUAGCGGGAUGGCUGCCUUCGGUCUGCCGGGUGGAUCUCAAAGCACAAGAAGAGGUGGAGUCUCGUGCAGAACCCAGAGAGGUGAAUGUAGCAGGAGGGAGGUGAGCGGACAGGCCGUCCACUCCCAGCAGCCGUCUGGCUCCCGUUACAUCCCUGUACAGUUCCAAGUCUUUUUUUAAUUAUUAUUAUUAUUUUUUACGUGCAAUGACUUAUUAUUUUUCGUCGUUUUUCUGUGAGAGUUGAUCUACUAGCGCUGCACAGAAGAAGCCGUUUCUUGUCGAGAAUAUUUUAUUUAUGUGCUCUGUAAAGGUCACCCUCGAGGGGGUGCUCUGGGUCCGGUGGCUUUGCUCCGCGCCCCCCAGGAAUCCAUGGCUAACAGUGUUUUGAGUCAGGGCUGCAUUGAAAAAUGAACAAUACUGAUGUAAACAAGCAAAAAAUAUAUAUAUUAGAGAGAAAUGGGUACGGGGAGCGGGGGGGCCCCAGCGGCUGAUUGGCUGUGGUGUGCGAGGGGUGAUGCUAACGGCGCGUAACUGCAGGUCAGUCUGUGCAUUCGGGUAAUACGAGGGCCUCAUCACUGCCAUUAAACUGUCGAUGGGAGGGACCAGGAUGUCACAUGGUCGCUUCUGAGCCAAUUACCAUCGUCCAGUUGCCAAACUUUUAGCUAAUAGUUUUGGUCUCGUCUCUUGGUGAGUUAUUCUGGGGCCUGAUUUCAUGACCCAUUGUGUUUAUUCCCCUUUUAUGAUUGAAGUGCAUAAAGCUCAGUAGUUUAAACAAAAAACAGAGGGGGGAGCCCAUACACAUUUUUAAUGUAUGUUAAAACGUCCCCAAGUAAAAAUAUGCCAAUAACUGCCACUUUCAUAUGUAAUUUUAUGCAUAUAUUGUAGAAUUUGUGAUUUUACAAUAUUACCUAUUUUGACAGUGACAUUUUAUAUUUUUAUUUAAUGUUUUGUAGAAGUCCUGGUAAACUUCCAUCACCAAUGGAGUCCAUGAUUAACCAGUGUUUUAAAGUCGACCCAAUUUCCAAAAGAUGGGGAAAUAAGUAAUUUUAUAGCUGAGCAGCAUUGUAGAUGUGGGGAAUACUCGUAUCCCCAGUUAAUUGUUUACAAUCCUUUAAUUCGCUCCUGAUUUCGGUUUGACUUCCUGACCCUGUUCUGAUGCCAGUCUGCUAUGAACCAACAGGCAAAUAAAUCAGUUCUUUCAUUAAUCAA